UUUCCAAUCCAAACAUAAACAUGGCGUUUACCUUCGCUGCCUUUUCUUACAUCCUCGCCUUGAUAAUCGAUGCAUUUCUCAUUUUCUUCGCAAUUUUCCAUAUAAUUGCUUUUGAUGAACUGAAGACAGACUACAAAAACCCUAUAGACCAGUGUAACAGCCUAAAUCCAUUGGUGUUACCAGAAUAUGCCCUUCACUUGCUGUUCAACAUCUUCUUCCUCAUGGCUGGCGAGUGGUUCACUUUAGCUCUCAAUGUGCCUCUUAUUGCCUACCAUAUCAACAGGUACCGAAACAGACCAGUGAUGUCCGGGCCUGGAUUGUACGACCCCACAAGCAUCAUGAACCAUGAGGUGCUGAGCCAGUGCCAGAGAGAGGGCUGGAUCAAGCUGGCCUUCUACCUUUUGGCUUUCUUCUAUUAUCUCUAUGGAAUGAUUGUAUCCCUCAUCUCUGCGGCAUAGUGGAGAAAAAGAAGCUGGGCAUGUCAGAUGAGGGUUUCCUUCUACAGCCAGUGUUUGUAUGCCAACAAGCUGCUGUCUGCUCUGUUAUCGUGAAGCAGAGGCUGGGGUUCUAUGUCAGAGAUGAUGCACGUUCACUAAAUUUUAAUGUGCUGAAGAGGAACAUUACCCAUGAUAUUUUCCUGGAUUAGAAGCAUUAUUUAUUGAUAUUGUAUAUGAGCUUUUAGGACAGUGCUGAGUUUUGAUUUUGUUUUAUUCCGGGGCUUGAAGUUGAAAAUCUUAGGCCGAAAUGAUUUGUAAUUGGGGAAUUUUUGGUACUUGACAGUAGGCACCCAGUAUCUGUGAAUGUUUCUGGUGCAAAAGGUUAUUCUUAUUUUUAAUAGGUUAAUUAUUUGUCAGAUGUAUAGAUCAAAGUAGAUUAGUUUGAAGAUUCUGUAUAAAUAUGCAGUCCCACAGUUUUCUUAUUGCCAACUUUGCAUUUUCAUACUUAAUAGGUUUUUGAGAAUAAUUGUCAGAAGUAAGUCAUUGAUUUUUUUUUAUAGAGAGAGCAGAAAAGAUCCCUAAGACAGUAUUAUGGCACAAAAGUAAUGAUGGUGGAGAACGAAUAUAAUGGAUGACGGUAAAUUAUUAUAAAGGAGGAAAAAUCAUAUUCUGCUAAAGUAUAUUUAGAAUAAGGAGUGAUAUGCUACAUGUGCAAUUUUAUUUAAAUGAUAGCUUGUUUAAUUAUUUUUCAGCCACCAUAGUGCAUUUGUGAUCUUCCCUAAUAUGAACUUCCUUCAUUGAUAUACAUAUAGCAUUGAAUUAUUGAAUUAGUAUACAAAAAAAAAAGGAUUUGACUUAACCUGUCUAUAACCUGCCAUUGUAUAAUGUAAUAUUUACCUGUUGAUACAUGAUUAUAAUUGUGGCUUUUUAGAUACAGGGCAUGAGGUUAUUUUGAUUUCAUUAUUGGAGAUGCAAGACAAGAACUAUAGUACUUAGGAUGUUUGCCAAAUGGACACACAUUGUAUAGAAGUACACAUGGAAAUGUAAUCAUAGUUGAUGUUCUUUUCUCUUUCUUUUGGUCAGAAUCAAGUAGGUAUUGUGAGCAUCUUGAAAUGCACCAUUUUCCAGUUAUGUCCUCCUUUUCCAUUUUUUUUUAUGACUAAUAUGCACAUGUUCACAUUACUUGCUUUAGAGGAUUUUUGCUAGAUUAUCAGGUCAACUGCUCAUGUUGAAAUAAAAUGUAUAAGGAAAUGCCAGCAUGUAUAUAAUAGCUUAUCCUUUUUUUUGUGUAGUCAUCUUUGCCAAAGACAGCUUGGAACAAAAUAGUGUCAUCCAAUGAGACUGUCCGUACGAAACGGUCACAUCUGAUAGGCAUAGCAAGGGAAACCUUCAGUAAUAGAUGAACUGGUGUUCAAAGGCACUGUUUUUUCAUGACUGUUGAGUUUUUAUAUAAGAUUUUUGCCUAAUUUUUGGGUACUGUUGAUGCUACAAAGUAAAUUGAUAUUUACACAUACUCAUUAAUAUGAUUUGUAUCUUGUCAUUGCAGUGUAUAUUUGAAUGUAGUGUCUGGUCUGUGAUCACUAUAGGUAGGCAUAAUAAAGAGAAAUUCAGGUUGAACAUAUGCAUUUGGUAAGUUUUUAUUUUAUGUGGGAAAGUGCAAAGUACAAUUCCCAGGGUUUCUUUUGUAUUGCUUUUGUUUUAAACCUGCAAUUGUGAUAUUUGUUUGUAAAAAUAUUUUGUGAUGUUUUGUAUAUGCAUAUGGCAUUAACUUCAUUUUUUUUUUUCUUUUUACUUUUUAUGUAAAAAAAAUACCCUGUUUCCCACUUUGAUGAAUAAUGAAGCACGUCUCAGAAAGUGUGUUUAGUGUGGGACAAUUUUGUUCAGGUUUGGACAUUCUCAUAAAGUUGCUAAAGCUACAAA